AAGUGGGUCGAUGGAAAGUACAACGGAAAUAUCGCAUCAGGGCCAUUUUCCGAAGUGUUCGUUGUUGUCGAUGUGGACAAUAAAAAGGCAAAAUAUGCGAUGAAAUGUGAAAGACAAGAGGGAAAUCAGAGACCUGUGCUGAAGUUGGACGUAUUAGUUCUUAUGUCAGUGAAAGGUUCUGUGGGAUUCCCGCUCUUCAUAGCAGCCGGUCGAACGAAGAUAUAUAGGUAUUGCGUAAUGCAGUUAGUUGGUCCAGAUCUAGGAAAACUUCGAAGAAGUCUUGUUGCUAAACGGUUCUCAGUCCCUACGGCUCUGCGGGUACUUCAACAAACAUUACGGAGAUUAGAAGUACUGCAUGAUGCUGGCUGGCUAUUGAUGUCAAAAGCGCCGAAUUUCGCUAUCGGUCUUGGGCACGAAAGUGGUAUCAUAUAUAUGCUGGAUUUUGGAUUUGCUAGAAAAUACAAGGAUGCGAAUGGUGUGGUCUACCCUCCGCGAGAAGCCGCGGCACUUCUAGGGACGUUUCAGGUUACAUGUACACAUCCUUGGCUAGCCACUCCGCCCGGUGACAAGCACGCAAAGGGGACGAUCUGGAAAGCUGGUUACAUGGCAGCUGAAUUGUUUAAAAGGUGCCGGCGAGACGAUCUGGAAAGUUGGUUCUACAUGGCAGCUGAAUUGUUAAAAGGUCCACUACCCUGGUCGAAAAUCGAUGGUCAUAAAGAACAUCGGAUGAUUAUGGUCAGAAAAAUGUAUAUCCGAGCUGAAGGGAGGGCUGAUUUUAUCGCAGGCAUGCCAACCGAAUUCGAUCAUAUUCUGUCGAUGAUCGACCAGAUGAACUUCUUCGAUCGACCUCAAUAUCAAGUCAUUCAAUCACUCAUCGAUCAGGCAGCUGAGAAGCUUGGUUUCACUCUACAUGAACCGCUUGACUGGCAGAUGAACGCUCGAGUACUUCGUAAAGCGGAAUUUGUUGGUGAACUUGGUGAAUCGAAUUUGGCGUCAAUGAAAAUGGAUGAAGAAGGUGACACUAGCUCCGAAUAUUCCUUGGAUAAAACACCGCUUGAUAUUGAACUUCCGGCUAAUAUUGAAUUGAAAAUGAAUAAUUGA